AUAAAAAACAAUAAUCGAGAAAAGAAGCUUCCAAAUCAAUUAAAUUCUUCAUUUUUUACGUAAAAGACGCAAUCAGCCACUUAUCCAGCGUUUCUUCCGUGCAUCUGGCCAACAGUCAUGGCAGAAAUGGGUGACGCGAACCUUUUUUCGCUCAAAUGGAAUAAUUUUAGUAAAAUUGUCUCGACGCAAUACGAGUUGCUGCGGGAUGCCAAAUCGCUUACGGACGUGACUUUCAUCUGUGACGGCUCCCCGAAGCGCAUUGAGGCCCAUAAGCUCGUCCUGUAUGCGUGUUCGCCUUAUUUCAAGGGCUUAAUUGAGGAAGAUUUGAACACGAAGCAUCUGGUUUUGUUCUUCAGCGAUGUUAAAUACGACAUUAUGAAGGCACUGUUGGAGUACAUGUACUUGGGCGAGGUGAAUAUCCGCAACGAAGACCUGAAAGAGUUCAUUCGGGUAGCGGAAAAGUUAAAAGUUCGCGGUUUGGACUCGUCUACAGACGAAGAGGACAGCAUGGAACAACUGGCAAAGUCAGCGGAACAGAAAAAUUCGAUGGAAAUGGCGGAAAAGAAACGACAAAUGGCGAAUUUGGAGGGAAAUCCCAUGAAAAGGGUCUGUUCCGAGGAUGCGGCGAUCAUGACAGAUCACGAAAUGACAAGUUCGAAUGUGGUAUCGAUGGAUGGCGAGACAACGACGGACAAAAUUUGUACUUUAUUGGCGAGUAAGACGAUCACAGGGCACGAAAUUCAAAGUAUUGAAGUUGAUUAUUCACAUCAAAAUCAAGGAUUGCAAAUGGCGAAUGAGUUCAAGACAGAAGACGCCUGGAUGGAUGACCAAAUGCAAAGUCCGAUGCCGCAAAGUCAACAUAACCAGCAAAAUGACGACAAAAGCCCAAAAUCGGGAAAAAUUUCGGCACACAAUAAACGAUUAUCGCAAUGCAUGACACCAACGGCUUGUCAAUUGUGCAGUCGAGUGUAUUCGAAUGUCUCGAAUCUGAGACAACACAUGAGGCUUAUUCAUAAUCCGGCUCCUGUUAUCUGUCCAGUUUGCAAAAAGCAUUUCAGUUCGAAUCUCUAUCUCAAACGGCAUUACAGCUCGAUUCAUGGCGGCGGAACGGGAAACAGUAGCGGCGACGAAGGACUCUCAAAGCCGGAUAACGCUCCCACUAGUCACAGUGAUUGGCACAUUUACGAUACCACAAAGCAGUAAUUUAUUGCAUUUUACUGAUGAAAUUCUCUCUCAAGAAGUUUUUUU